CUAGAACUUACCAUUAAAAGGCCUUAAAACCUCUGUGAUUGCCAAAAAACUCAUCAACACAAAGAGCUGAGAAAAUGGAGCAAGAACUCAAAAACUUGAUCAAUGUAUGGAUCUCUGCAGUAAUCUCCAUAUCUUAUUGUUACUACAUAUCACCUAGAAUCAAAUCUGGUGUUCCACGGUUACUCUCUCUUUGUCCUGUCCUUGCUUUGUUUCUUGUUCUUCCUCUGUGUUUCUCUUCUGUGCAUCUAUCUUUAAUCACGGCAUUUUUCCUCACAUGGCUCGCCAACUUUAAACUUAUUCUCUUCUCGUUUGACAAAGGUCCUCUAACCCCAAUCCCUGCAAGUCUCUCUAGAUUCAUCUGCUUUACUUGCUUCCCAAUCAAAGCUCAGCAAAACCCUAAAUCUCAAAACCAACACUUGCCCAAAAUGGUGUUUGCCAUUAAAGUUGGCAUAUCAGGUUUGGUAUUACAUUUGUAUGGCUACAGAAAGAAUAUGUCUCCAGCUCUGCUUUUGGCUCUCUAUUUUGUGCACCUCUACUUAGAGAUUGAAAUAAUUUUAUCAUUCGUCAAAUAUGUUGUUUGUUUCUUUCUUGGAUGUGACCUCGAACCACAGUCCAACAAACCAUACUUAGCCACAUCUCUACAAGAUUUCUGGGGUCGACGGUGGAACCUCAUGGUUCCAGCGAUUCUCCGACCAGCAGUUUACGCCCCAAUGCGGCGAGUUUCUGAACGCGGAAUGAGCUCUGGUUGGGCUUUGUUUCCUGGGAUUUUAGCGGCGUUCAUCGUCUCAGGAUUGGUUCAUGAGCUGCUCUUCUUCUAUUUAACUCGUGAGAUGCCAACAUGGGAAGUUACUUUGUUCUUCGUCUUACAUGGUGUUUGCACUGCCGCGGAACUGGCCGUGAAGAAGAAGACGAUGGUGAUACAGCGGUGGCAGCUGAGUCCGGUUCUAUCGAGGCUGCUCACUGUCGGGUUCGUGUUUGUGACGGGUGGGUGGUUGUUUACACCUCAGCUUAUAAGGAGCGGUGUGUUAGAGAGAUUCACCAAUGAAGCUUUAUUGGUUGUUGAUUUUUUUAGUUAGAAGUUGUUUAUGUUGUUGGGGAUAUUUUUAACUAGUGUUGAAUAAGCACAAAAGUUUUUGCGUUGUUU